GGACCGCUGGAACUCAAUUUCCCAUGUGUCUCUCGGCGUUGUGUGACGUCAAAAGCCCGCGACGGUGUUCUGUUUCCAUGGCGCCGGCGCAAGCUAACAGCUCGAAGAGUUGUUAGCUCAAAACGCUGCGUGAGCUAGCUGGUUGUUGUUCGUGGCCAGUGGGCUCUCGGGAUGUCAGGGGGAGGAAACAGAGAUGCGUUGGAAACUCUGUUCUCGUUGGAGUUCUUGGUGGAAAACGUCCGAGUCGACAAGGACUGCGAAGUGUCCGACGAGCUGGCUGUCGGAGUGCGACUGCUAGACUUCCCAACGCUGCUCAUACAUCAGCCCCGACACGGCCGUGGCGACACAGAACAUCCCGGGGAGCAGGACAGAGACCCGGGGAGAGACUACACCUUCAACAGAGGCAAGUCUUGCUUCUUUUUAAUGAAUCUGAACUCGCUGCACACGCAGCUGUCCGCCACCCCUCUCUAUGCUAUGGUGCUGGACGUGAAGGAGGCGCCUCCCAAGCUGGCGGGCUCCUCCCUGAUAUCGCUGGCGAAGGUGAUGGACAGGAUCGCGCAGGACGUGGCCGAACACGGUGUCUCUGCUGCGUCUUCGCACGGAGAAAGGGGGCAGGUUGGCAUGUGCAGCCUCACGGGGGAAACCACUGGAUCGAUAUCCCUGAGUUACAAGCUGCUCAGCCUGGGGACUAGUUUACUGCCACACGUUGCAGACAGGGCAGCUCUCGAAAGCAAUAAAGUGCAUGUAGGACAACGUGGGCAAGAAAGCGCCGAGAAGAAAAACACAGAAUCUCUUGCCCGCUCACCCACACCGGACGCGUCUGACGUUGGCAGAAACAUGCAGAACACAGGCCCAGCGAGUGCAAACAUCUGGAUAAGUGAGGACAAGCAAGGUGACGCUGCUGCGUGUGUUGCCACCGAACACAAACCAAGAGCCCAAAUUCCCCAAACACUUCAAGAAGCUGGAGACUGUUUCGAGGAGGAGGAUCUAGCCAUUUUCCGCCCCCCACAUCUUUACUACAGUCACUCUGCAGAGGAGAAAAGCAAAAACAAAGGAUGGGAUUACAAACAACUGACUCUCGACUCCGAAGCUUUUACAUGUGAGGACUCUGAGGACGAGGGGGAUGAAAAUACCAUUGAUGGUCCAAGUUCUCCAGUGUUGGGCCAGAGAGUGAGAUAUGAUACGAAAAUACAUAGACACCAAGAAACAAGUGGCGUGAGUCCGAAUGCCCUUGGGGAGGCUUUGCGUCAGUUGCCUCUGCUUAACGCUCUUCUUGUUGAGCUGUCUCAUUUAAAUGACCAGAACCCGAAACAUCCCAUGUGUAUUCAUCCCAAUCUAGCGUGGAUUUACAGACCUGUGUCCACAGAACCUUCAGCUGGGCACGGAGACACACCACAGAUAACCUCGGAGAAAACAAGACAGGGGACCAGUCCCCAUUUUAAACAUUUACAUUCCCCUAGGAACUGUUCUACUCCAGUAGUAAGGCCUACGUCUGUACAAAAGAAAGACACACAAGAGGAGGCUUUGAUUGCGAGUAAAAUAUCCAGUAGAUCUACCAGGAAGAAGCUUGUUUAUGGAACUACAAGAACAUUUAAUCUGAGGUUGAAGCAAAUUUCAACUGCGAAAGUAAAACGCCGUGAAUGCACGGGAUUAAUACAGGAAGAAAAACAGACGUGUGUGGCCAAAGGAAAGACAAAGCCCAAAAGUAAAAUCAUGAAGUCCAGCCAAAGAAAAUCCGUAUUAAAUCAGACUGACAGUUUCAAUGACAAUAUUGAGACAGUGAUACAAAGCAUCACAGUGAACUCUGCGCUACAAGAAACAACCACACGCAGACAGAGAAAUGUGCAAGGUAAGGUUAAUAAUGAAAUAGACAGUGACUCUCUGAGAAUUUCAGAAGAAGCCUCCCUUUCUGAGAGAAGAGACUUGAAAUGUAUUCACAUCCCCAGUGUGGAGAGUGAAAGCGCUGCCAAAAACAAAGACAAGAGCGAGCAUCACAGGGAAUCAGAUCGAUUGCAGCCUGAAUCUGACAGGCGCCGAGAGAAAAUUCAGUCCUCAGGGAGCAGCAGACACAGCAGCCCAAAGUCUUCAGUCUCAGAUGCCAGCGGGGAAGGAAACGAGGAUGCAGACUACGCCGAUGACUUUAACAGUCUUGAACCCAGUGACGCCUACUCUCCUGACCCUGUGAGGAGCCCCGAGCCCUCUAGAGCCAAAGCUCCCGGGUCUCCUGUCCGCCUGGACUUCUACAACCCUGACUCUGGCUCUGAAUCUGUCCGGAUGAGAGCGAUCCUGCCCGUGCCUCUCAAAGCCCCCACCUCUCCGCAGCAGUCUCUGAGGGCUACACACAUCAUUCGACCUCGAACCCACGCCUCUGCCCUCAGCUUCUCCUCAGAUGAUGGCGACAGAGACAGGUCGGCUUCCUUGCAAACCAUAUGCUCCAGAAAGCACAAGACCAGCAGAGCGGAAAGGAGCUCUAGUGCGGAGAGUUUCAUAUCAUCAAGAGGGGAAAGGAGCAAGUCGACCAAGAACAGCGGUCCAGUUCUUGGAAUUUCUACAGAGUCAACAUCCUCCUUAGAACCACAGGAGGAAGAGGAACUGGAGGACGACCUUGGAUCUCUAGAUUUUAGAAAACAGUAUCAGCAUAUCUCUGAGCUAGUGGCCAACAAACUCCCUGGCUACACUAUUUAAAGAAACAAAUGUACUGUAGUUCUAUUAGGUAAAAUGAAGGAUAAACAAUUUCUCUAAACAAAGUGAAACCGAUUAAGGAGCAAUAAUGUUAUACUGUACACAUCUUAUAAAUAUGUAAAUGUUAUUUGAAUAAAGCUUUUUGUGGAAAAAAUGUGAUCGUAGUAUAU